AUGAGCGGCUCAACAGUCUUUACGCCAGUUAUUUCACCGGCCUCAUACGAUGAUAUGGAGACCAUUGCACGAUUGCAGUUCGAAGCUUUCCUCCCUAGCAUGGCGAUAGAGCGGAUCAUAUGGCCACACGGUAUGACGCCCGAUGUUCUCUCGAGCGCGACAGAGGCCAAAAAACACACAUUCCAUCGACCGCAUGUGCGCUAUGUCAAGAUCACCACCACACCAGACCAGCAAAUCGUCGCUUUUGCGCGGUGGUACAUCUGGACCGAGGACCGCCCGAUCUCAGACUGGCAGAAGGUUUUCACUUUCCAGCCCGACACGACGAUCGCUAGCGAAAACCUAAAUGUCAAGGCAGCUCGGCUGGUCUACGGCAUGACCGACGAAAUGAAAAAGGAGGUCAUCCGCGGAAGUAAAUGCGCCUAUGGAUGUUCCGGUCUGGUGGAUGCAAUCCCCAAAUUCGAGUCCAGCACGAUCAAACGGCUAAGAGAACAAGGAGCAAUCAUACUGGGCAAGACUGUUCCAACUCAGUGGGCCAAUUACCGCAAUCCCGGCCGGGCAUCGGGGCGCUGGUCGGCAGUUGGAGGCCAGUGUCUCGGUCCCUAUCACGAGGAGCAGGACCCGUCGGGAUCUUCCUCCGGAAGUGCAGUUGCUGCGUCCCUCGGCCUCUGCGCUGCAGCUCUUGGAACAGAGUCUAAGCUCGCCAGCACAGCAGUGGUCAGCCUCAAACCGACAGUCGGUCUCACCUCUCGAUACGUCGUCUACACCGUCAGUGAAUGGCAGGACACGGUCGGUGUUCUGGCGCGGAGUGUUUGCGAUGCUGCUCAUAUCUUGACAGCUAUAGCUGGGCCUGAUCCUGACGACCCAUUCACUGUCUUGGAUCCACGAGACUCCCAAGACGUCCAAAAGCCAACCCCUGGCACAGACUUUGCCAGGGCUUGUAUGCUGCCUGGCCUUCAAGGUAUACGCGUUGCAGUACCUCGUCAUCCUUUCCCCAAUGACUCAGUCGUCAAUAAUGCGUUCGAUAACGCGCUGGAAGUGAUCAAGUCCCGAGGCGCCAUCAUUGUUGACAACGUCAAGUACUCCGAGUUUGAUUCCAAUUUUACUUUCUCGGAUUCCCAAGACUGGACACUUGGGAUCCGCGUUGGUCUUCGAAAAAAGUCAGUCAAACCCAUCAAUGAGGGAAGAUUUUCAAAUAUGCUCACUAUUUUAGAUAUGGCAGAGUCGCUCGCCUGCUACAAGACGAAUCCGGAAGGCCUUCACACCCUGUCGGACGUAAUCGAGUAUACUCGCAAGACUGCUGUUGAGGAAAACGAGAAAUGGGGUCUGGACGAAUGGGCCAAGUACGAAGAGCUCGCAUCGGGAAGCAGAUUGGCCGAUUGCUCGGCCGGACGAACUGCGAUUCCAUCUUUGUGCCAUGCCAAUGUCGGCGGCUGUCCUACCCUCGGCGUCCCACUGGGUUUCUUCCCAGAAGACACGCCUGUGAAUCGCCGACAGACCAAUGGACUGGUCAGUAACGGACCGAAUGUCUCAUUCGGCCUUUUUUCGUCGAGCGUCGCUGGGACGACUCUUCCUUAA